AUGAGUAUCAAGACUCUAGGGGCUGCUUCAGCUGAGCUUCUCGCCAUUAGGGAAGGUCUUAACACUGCGUGGGAAAGAGGUAUAAGGUUCCUUGAGUUGGAAACCGAUGCACAAGCCCUCACUUGCAUGAUUCAGAACCCACAUUUCUACAUGGACCAUCAGCUCUUCAACAUAAUCAAUGAUGUCUCUCAGCUUCUCAAAAGGGAAUGGCAGGUUACGGUGCUCCAUGUCAAGAGGUCUGCUAACAAGAUUGCUCAUGAUUUGGCCGAAAUUGGCAGGGGGAUGACUGAUGACGAUAUUCUUUUUCACUUCUACCCCCCUCCUGGUCUAACUCACUCCUACACCAAGGAGCUUGCUAACUCCAUCUCCAUGAUGGAUGAAAACCAAUCUCCUUCAUGA